AUGGCCGGCUUCCUAGCAUGCUUCGCUGAUGAUGAAGAAGAUCGCUUGUGGGACUUUGCCAGCACGCCACUACUUUCUGACGCAAAGGCAGCAAGUUCGCCAGCGCCUGCGAAGGCUCCAAGUGUUGGCGCGCCUGUGGCUUCUUUGUCCGCGUGCUCGCAGCCAACGCCAAAGUCAGCAGCCACAAAGGCCGCCAUCAACAGGUGUCUCAAGCAAGAGGGCGCGCACUCAGCGCCUGACAAAAUGAGAGGCGCUGACAAGGCCAAGCGGGCUGCAAGGGGCACCAAGGACACCUUUGCUGGCCGCCGGCCGCCGUUGGAUGAGUCCAAGCUGGCAAUCUACAAGAAAAUGAAGGAGGACUACGAGACGCUCCGGAAGAACUUAAAGGCUUCAAGCAUGAAGGGUGGCAAGCAAAAGACCUUGUCGCAAGAGCUGUACUGGAAGUACAUGCAGAAGUGCAUGUCUGAGGGCGACGGGCCACCAGCGCAGCGAUUUGCAGCUGGCGCCAAAUCAUUUCGUCAGUCCUUUGGGGUGUGA